CAUGGCACUGUGCUCAACAUGAAGUUCGGCCCGAGUCAUCAUCUGCUAUAAGACAAACACAAUACCACGCAAGAUGGCUCAGACAUCGACAGACGUGCAGAACGGUCAUAAUCCGCGGCAUAAAAUCCGGAGAUGGCAGCCAAAGCGUUCCAGAUCGACGUCGGUGAAUCUCACAUCGCAAGGCUGAGACACAAGCUCGCGGACACCAUCUACCCAUCGCAGCAAGCGAGCGACAAUCCUUCCGACUGGAGCAGAGGAGUCCCACGCAGCGAGAUUGAGCGGCUUGGACGCUAUUGGUUGCACGACUACCCUUGGGUCGAGGCUCUCUCGAAACUGAACAGACUGCCGCAGUACACACUGGACAUCGACGUCUCGGGUUUCGGAAUCCAUGGAGUGCAUUUCCUUCAUCAGCAGAGUGCAAGGGCUCACGCUAUUCCUUUGUUGUUCCUGCAUAGUUGGCCCGGCAGUUUCUUGGAGGUGACAAAGCUUCUCGGGCCUUUGACGGACGACAGCGACAGCAACCUGCCGGCAUUCAACGUCGUCGCUCCCAGCCUGUUGGAUUUUGGCUUCUCGUCCCCAACCUCCAGGCCUGACUUUGGCAUCGAGCAGCACGCCGAGACAUAUCACAAGCUUAUGUUGGCGCUCGGAUACGAUCAAUACGUCGUGCAAAGCGGCGACAUCGGUAAUCUCAUAACGAGAUUCAUCGUCAAAGGCGUUGGAGCAGGCAGUUGUAAAGCAUGCCAUACGAGCACGCCCUGGCCGGCUGAGCCAAAGCAAGAUACGCACCCGGAGCUUUUCGCAAAGCUACAGGCCACUCCGCUCACGGGACAAGACGUAGCUGCCCUGCAGCGAGCGGGAGCAUUCGUGGCAGAAGGAUCAGGCUACAUGUCUCUGCUUUCCACCAAGCCGCAGACGAUCGGCUACGCCCUUCGCGACAGCCCGAUUGGUCUUUUGGCGUGGAUCUUUGAAAAGCUACAUGACUGGGCGGACGAGUACCCGUGGACGGACGAGGAGAUUAUUACGUGGACCAUCAUAUACUAUUUCUCCACCGCUGGGCCCCAGGCGUCCGGGAAUAUCUACUACGCGAUGCAGCACAGCACUCCCCCGGCAUUGGUCACGGCGCAGUCCUACAUUAACGUGCCGCUUGGGAUCACCAGGUUCGCCAAAGAUCUCGUUGUCCUGCCAAGCCUCUGGUACGAGUCUCUGGGUCCGAUCGUCUUUGAGAAUGAGUACGAACGAGGGGGUCAUUUCGGUGCUUGGGAGCGGCCGGAUGCCAUCGUGGCCGAUCUGAGAUCGAUGUUUGGUCGUGGUGGAGGCGCCUAUGGUUCUGUGACUGGGAGGUCUGGCUUUGCUGGGGAUUGCCGUACAGAGUCUGCGAUCGUGGAAGGCAUGGUCAAUUGCGUUGAAUGGAGCGGACCUUUUGCUGCAGGUCAAGAUGCCUCACACUUGGAAACUGGUGAGCAUGAUGAUGCAGCACAAAGGCAAUGUCGAGAGCAAGACCGCCGUCUUCGUUACUGGAUUUCAGCAGGGCGAUAGUAACGGCGAGUAAUGCGCAGGGUGUUCGUCUGGCAGCGUACUGAAUCGAUUGAAAAAAUGCACUCCAUCACCCAUCUCUCCAUAUCCCCAAUGCAAAUG